CAGUCAACGAAUCAAGACAUACUGGACAUGACAGUUCUGCUGACCGUUAGAGCUGGACAGCAGCGUGAUCACAGUCUACUUAACUGGUUGCUGUGGGGAUCCAUAUAGUCUGAGUUAGAGGAAAUGGGAUCAUCAAUGAGUUCAACGGGAAGUUCCGUUCACCCGCUAUUUUACUUCGAUCCUGACCUGAGGUGGACACCCGAAAGACCCGAUUACUGUUCAACCAAAUGGGAACUGCGAGAGAAACUGGACAACCUGGCCGACGUAUCCGAAAAGAUCAAGGAAGUGAUGUACUACACUCACCCGCUCAACUGGUGGCAAAUGUCGAAACAUUUUAUGCAUCACGCGUUCAUCGUCCUGGUCACGGACAGCUGGUUCUGGUCCAUCGAGAAGGACGAAGGAGGCAUCACCAUUCAACGGUCCAAGCGCCUGGAAGAUGUUCGCGACCAGUGUCGCAAACACGGCCGUAUGACUGGCCUAGCCACCGGGAUCGCUUUGGCGCAUCAAGGCCCCAGCAAUGCCACCGUGAUCGAACUCCUCAGGUACAUGUGGACGCAAAACUGCAUGAAUUUAGAUUACCAUUUUUUAGGCAACAACUGCCAGAAUUUUGCCAAUAUGAUUUUCGGGAACUUUGUCUUACCGCCGUUUAACGAGGUGCCAAGGGUGAACGUCAAGUUCAACAUAUCAGGAUCAGGCUGACGAGUUGUUUAUUGUAGGCCUAGAGCAAGCCUACUGU